AUGGUCGACGAUUUGCCAACGCUCCCGGGCUCUCUCAUAUGGGACAGAGGCCGAUCGGAGGUGCGCCUGGUCAGCUCGCCAUUCUCAUCAUUCCCGCCCUUCACCAUCAUCAGGGACAUCCGCCGGUUACUGAGUAGCCCAGCCCAUCUGAACGCGGUCCGUUAUGCUGCCGUGUGCUGUGCGCGGGCGUCAGAGCGCUCGGAGCCGGAGACGGCGAUGCAGCGCUCGACAUUGGGGAAGGUGGCCGAGCCCGUGACGCAUGCUGCAGGGCCGAUGCUGCCACUGCACGCGGACGCCGUUGCUCCUGGAUACGAAGAAGUGGACAAAAUGCAGCCGGCAGGAGCCGUCGCUGCUUUCGCUGUUUUGCUGUCGCGCCUGCCUGCUCUGGAGACACUCGAGAUCCGGACCUUUGACCGGGCCGAAGAUGAAGAGGACGACGAGCAAACCGCAUCUAUAGCACUAGGAGACCCCGUUAUCUCCCUCCUCUGCCGGCAGAUGCUUUCGGCCGGCAAUGCGGCCUUCGCACACGUCAAGACGGCCAGGAUCGUCGUACCAUACCCGGACGAAGACCCCGCCGCGGAGUUCGGCUUUUACGUCAGCGCAGACACUGUGCUACCCCUGUUUUACCUUCCCCAAGUCCGCAACCUUGAGAUGCACCGCGUGGAGGACGGUGGACGGCUGGUUUCGUGGCCAGCCGGGGGACGACCCGUCUCCGCGACGCAGCUUAAAGAAUUGGUCAUGAGCAAGGCCCAGCUGACUGAAGCAAGUGUGGACCAACUUGUGCGAGCAUGCCCGGACCUGGAGGUUCUCCGCUGGGAGCAUGUCAUCGAUGCCGAAUACGCCCGGUCGUGGCUCGACUUGGACGCGCUGCGCACAUCGCUCGAAACCCUGAAGCACUCGCUAGAGGAGCUCUCCUUCAGCGUGAUUCUCUGGACAUCCACAGCCAUUGACUGCGGCGAGAAAGGGCCGUGGGGUAUUCGGGGCACGCUGGCGUCGCUCAGGGGGUUCGCACAGCUUAAGCGCGUCACUAUCUCGCUACCUGUACUACUAGGGUGGAGAACAGAUAACUCGGCGAGGCUCGCCGACGUGCUCCCCGCUAGCAUCGAGUGUAUCACAGUCACCAACGAAAUGUUCUUCUGGUGGCACUCCCGAUGGGACGACAUCAAGUGGGAGGCGGACGACCCAAGCGUCCCAAGGUGGCACACACUCGAGGCUAAAAUCACGGAGUACCUGGAGGCUAGGCCUUCAAGCUUAAGGCAGCUCAAGGUCGAGGUUUGGACAGCCGGUGAGACAUCACGGGCUGAAGAGUUAAGGGACAGGCUGACAGCAGUCGGGGCCGCUACUGGUGUUCACGUCACCGUUGAGCUAAGGUCAUAG